AUGUCUGAGAAGUUUCCACCUUUGGAAGAUGAUGCCGUUACCGCUGAUGUUCCAGCAGGUGAAGAGGAAACCGACUUUUUGAAAAGAGAGGCUGAAUUGCUUGGAGACGAGUUCAAGACCGACCAAGAUCUAGAUUACUUGCAAGAAGAUAAACACGACGAUAUCAAGGAAUUUGAGGACAAUUAUCCUGAAUUGAGUGAAGCCACCACCGAAGCUCAUGCUACGAAUGCCGAUGAUGGAGAAGAUGACUUCGGUGAACCCCAAUCGUCGUCAGGUCCAACGGACGCUGGGCGUUCUGAAGUGGUCGCUCAAUGGAGAGAACAACGUGUCACAGAGAUCGCAGAACGAGAUGAAGCUGAAAGAAGUGCUAAGGAACGUUUGCAAGAGGAGGCCGUGAAACAUAUGGACGAUUUUUACGAUAAUUACAACAGUAAAAAGCAGCAGCAACUCGAGGCUACUAGAGCAGAAGCAGAAAAGUUCUUGCAGCAAAGAGAUGAAUUCAUUUCUCAAGAUAACACUGUUUGGGACAGAGUUUUGCAGUUGAUAAAUGAGGAUGAUGCCGACAUUGUUGGAGAAAGGAACAGAUCGAAGUUUAAGGAAAUCUUAGUGAAGCUCAAGGGCAAUGAAAAGGCACCAGGGGCCACCAGGGCGUAA